AUGCCCGUUGCCAAAUCCACCAUACCAGACAAGAAGACGAUGCUACCCCCAGGCGUCUACACCCCCGUAAUAACCCUCUACAAGCCGACCAGAACCCAAGAGAUCGAUCUCGAUGCCAUGUACAAGCACUGCCAGUUCCUCGUCCGUGGUGGCCAGCACGGGCUCGUGUACCAAGGCACAAACGGCGAAGCCGUGCUGCUCGCCCGUGAAGAGAAGAAAGAUAUCCUUCGCAUGGCACGGAGAGCGGUGACCGACCUGGGUGUGCCAGAGUACCCAGUUGUCGCAGGCAUAAGCGGGCAGAGCACAAAUGAAAGCAUAGAGCUGGCAAAAGAUGCCGCUGAGGCGGGUGCAAGCUUUGGACUGUUGCUUCCGCCGAGUUACUGGGCGAAAGCUGUGAGCGAAGAGGCUUUGCUAGGGUAUUAUAGGGAUGUUGCAGAUGCAUCGCCAAUACCCGUCGUAAUCUAUAACUUCCCAGGCGUAACCUCCGGCAUCGACCUCAACUCCGAUGACCUCUCCUCCCUCGCUUCGCACCCAAAUAUCGUUGCCGUGAAGCUCACCUGCAUGAACGUCGGCAAAGCAAUCCGACUCGCCUCCAAGUUCACUCCACAACAAUUUUCCGUCUAUGGUGGCUCCUCAGACUUCCUAUUUCCCACGCUGGAAGGCGGCGGCGUGGGCUGCGUCACCGGCAUGGGCAAUGUCUUCCCCAAAUCCACAGCACGGGUAUACGACCUCUGGGCAGCGGGAAAGAAAGACGAGGCAAGGAAGUUGCAGGAUGUAGUCGCGAACGCGGAGUGGGCGUGCAAAAAGUCGCUUGCGCUUACGAAAUUCGCAGCAGGGCAUUUUGCAGGAAAGCAGCUUGGUUUGGGCGAUGCGAAGACGUUCUACCCGAGAAGACCGUACUUACCUGCGACCGAGAAGAUGCAACAGUGGACGCUCGAGGUCAUGGGUGUGUUGAAAGAGGAAGAGAAUGCGAUUGCGGAUAAGGUAUUUGAUAAGGCGGCCGUGAACGGAUCGAAAUAG